UUGUAAAAUAACUCAUUCAAAAUCAGCCUAAUUCAUCAGUGGUGCUAGAUUAUUACCGUGGCAACCACGGAAUAGCGGCUGUUUGUGUACGAGCCUGUAGUGUGUGUUCAGCACCUCAGUGACAUCACAAUCCAUCCAACAUUCCGGGCCGGCCAAUAGGAUUCUCGGAACCCGGUGUUGGACCCUCCCAGUCUGCAGGAGAGACAGAGCACUCAGGACUGAAGAUGAGUUACACUGAAUACAGAAAGCCCUUCCUCCCUGCUCUCAGAGCCCCCCCAUCAGGCUCCGGGCUGAUGAAGGCCCCCCCCUCCUCCUCAUCUCGCUCUGCUUUAAGAGUGGCCUUGCCCCCCCUAAGCUCCACCCCCAGAAUGGCGUGGACGCAGGAAGUGGGAGGGCCACGACAGCCAAUGAGAAGCCUGCGUCCAACGGUGGAAGGUAACCAGGUUGAUGAAACCACCAGCCAUCAGAAGAUCAGUCGGGCUCUCAUUGGGAGGGCUAGAAACAGCUUCCCCGACCCUCCAACCAGACAGCUCAUCUUCCGUCAGUCGUACUCCGAGUACGAUGACAAGUUCCGGGUCCCUGGGGGUCCCUUCCUGCCCCGUGUGCCGCGGGGCAGCACCCUCCACCCGGCUCACAUCCCGCCUGGGGUCCGCUACACCGCCCCCCAGGGGAAGACCCUGCAGACCGAGUACCAGGCCUGCUUCACGGGCAGAGCCGGCAUGCUGGCCCGUCAGAAGGACCGGAAGUUAAUGAACAAGCACGUCACCACGAGCAGAAUCUGUCAUCUUCCCCCCUAUUGCCACUUGAACCUGAAUUACGUGAACUAUUAAUAAAGACCCUUUAGAGAGGGAAAUUAGAUUAUGCCCAUGUUCAUCCAGACAUUAAAUAUGAAGACAAUGCAAACUGUUUAACUGGAUGAAUACAAACCUGUUUAGAAAUAUUGAUUCAACAUUUUUAAAGCGUUACACAAACCCAUACUGCAUCCAUCCUAUUAGACCGAUAAUGCAUGAACAAUAUAUAACCAGCACUCGUUCAGCUGCAAUGAGAAGUUCCUUCCUAGUCUGGUGAUCAACUACCAGUCUCUCGCCAGUACAUCCAUUUGGCCUUCGUUACGAUCCAUUCCACCUCAUCUAGAUUCAGCCCUGCACUGCAAAUGAGCCAUGUAAGGCAGUUCAAGCUCUAUACAGCAAAAUUAAGUGUCCGAUCCGUGGUUAUGAAUGGACCCGAGAGGGUAACCGAGGCCGAGAGAGGGGGAGAAAAAUCUUGAGAAACAUUUUAAGGAAAAACGCCUCGAUGGUAAUCAAACGCUUUUUUUUCUUCUGGGGAAAAUAACUGACAGGACAAACUAUUACAUCUCUCUGCAAGGAUACUGCUGUAAUCGGUUUGUUAUUCAGUGGCGGUUGUCUAUGGUUAUCAAGAGUUCAGGGGAUUAUGGCUGUUAGGUUUUGAUUCACAGCCUUAGGUUAAAAUCCCUGUAGGCGUAUUUGAAAGCCUUGCCACUACAUGCUCGACAAGGCCUUAAAAAUAAG